CGUGCGGGAGCGCGCAAGCUCGAGCUCUAACUCGGUUUCCCCCGGGUGGGCGGCGGCGGCGGCAGCGGCGGCGGCUGUGGAGGUUGAAGAAGAAGCCGCGGCGGCAGGAGGAGGAGGAGGAGGAGGGGGGAGCAGCGGCGAAAUGGCGGAGACCGUAGCUGACACCCGACGGCUGAUCACCAAACCGCAGAACCUGAAUGACGCCUACGGGCCGCCCAGUAACUUCCUUGAAAUCGACGUGAGCAACCCACAAACCGUGGGGGUCGGCCGAGGCCGCUUCACCACCUAUGAAAUCAGGGUCAAGACAAAUCUUCCUAUUUUCAAGUUGAAGGAGUCUUCUGUAAGAAGAAGAUACAGUGAUUUUGAGUGGCUUCGAAGUGAAUUAGAAAGAGAAAGCAAGGUUGUAGUCCCACCCCUUCCUGGGAAAGCAUUUCUGCGUCAGCUUCCUUUUCGAGGAGAUGAUGGAAUAUUUGAUGAUUCUUUUAUAGAAGAAAGGAAGCAAGGGCUUGAACAAUUUAUAAACAAGGUUGCCGGCCACCCCUUGGCACAGAAUGAACGCUGUCUUCACAUGUUUUUACAAGAUGAAAUAAUAGAUAAAAGUUAUACUCCAUCCAAAAUCAGACAUGCCUGAAUGCUGUAAAAAAUCUGUGUAAAAAUAAACAAAACUAUUACCAUGAAUAUUAGUGAUUCAUACGCACCGGUGAAGAGGUUCUCGCUAAUUUUAGCAUGCUGCACAGAAAUGGGCCAAUAAGCCUCCAGUAUACUAACACUCAUUAUGAUGCUCAGUUUUGCUUUGUUUUGGCAGUUAAAACAAAUUCAUUUGCUUUAGCAAAAAUCCCUCUUUUGACUUUAAAAAAAAAUAGCUCUUGAGUGCUGUUUUAAUUCGGUGCACACUACUGCAUAGCCCCACAAACUUGGUCCCCCUCGAUGAUCUACUAUCUCCCAACUAAAGUUACUGACUUGGCCUUUACUGGAAUUUGCAGUUUUUCGUGUCACAUCUGCUUCUUGUAUCUGAUUGCCUAGGAUGUUUCUCACGCUCUUUUUUUGAUAUGCAGUGUCACCUGUUAUAAUUUAUGUGUAGAAGCAUAAGGCAGUUGUUUUCCAGUAUCCGUAUCCCACAUGUGAGAGAAACACUCAUGUGCAGAAAGUAUCUUCCUUCAGGCUUGUAAAACACUUUCUAUGGAAGACUAAUGAGGGAAAUCUUUAUAUUCUGUAUAAAAACAAUCAAAUUUAUAUACUAAAAUCAUUUGUCUAAAAAUUUAAGUUGUUUUGAAAUAAAAAUGAAAAUGUAUUUCUAAUGUGUAUCGAUUGUUGCUUUGCUUCAGGCCUUCCUUUAUGGUUUUAUUACGCCAUUUGUUGGGAGGGAUUAUUUACUAAUUAUAUACUUCUCCUGUAACUUCACUCCUCUUUAAAAAAAAAGUGGUGAUAUCAAAUAUGCUGCUGCCUCUGAAUGGGGUAAUUUUUAAAACAUUGCAGUGCAUUAAAAAAAAAGAGCACUGCCUUUUAAGGUUUAUUGAAUAAUUUAUGAAGUGCUUACUUGCAAAAUACUAUGUAACCUUAAGUCAUUGUUAAAAAAAAAUAAAUAAACCUUUGAGCUAGG